UUUUCAUAUGCAGUGGAAUGCCAAUGCGUACAACUUUAUUUGGAGAUUUGGCUACAAAUGAAGGAUCAAUUCUUAAAGCAGAAAUCAAAUAUAAGCCUGUAAUAGCAUUAUCAGAUUUUAAAAUCUCUAUAUAUCAAGGAGAUACAAGCAUAUCGUCGCAAAUUAUUUCAACAUUAUGUAUCAACCCAAAAAUAGAACUAGCUAGCGAAUUAAGGGAAUGGUUUCAAUUGGAAGAAUCUGCAAAAGCAAAAGGAUCUCCAUCGACGCUUUUUAAAAAUGCCAAGGAAAUUCAUAUUAGUGAUAUUAUGCAUAAGUCACAGAAUUCGAUACAGGCACAAUAUUGCACAUUUAAGGCAAAGAUAACUACUAUUUUAAAUAGGCUCGAGCCAUGGUUCUAUGCUUGCAACAAGAAGGUUGAUAAAGAUGUUAGUAAAGAGUGUCUGAAUAACAAAUGCCGUAGAAUCAUUGAUGACCUAGUACCAAGGUACUUAGUUAAGAUUCUCGUGAAAAAUGGCACGGAUAAUGCAAGAGUAACACUCUUUGACGCAGCAGAAAUUUUUAUUGGAUGCAAAGCAAAAACAUUCAUUACAGAAAAGAAAGAGAAAAAUAAUCAGAGUCCAUAUUUUCAAAAAUUUGUUUUGAACAUCGGAAAAACAUUCAAAUUCCUGGUGAAGUUAGGUGAAAAGACAAAAGAUGAACGAGGCGAAGGCAAUAUAAUAGCACAAGAAAUUCAACUCCAGCUUGAUAUUACAAUCGACGUAGAUAAUGAAGAUGCUACUCUAGAGUUGCCCAGAAAAAAGAUAAAGGUGGAAAAAGAUUGA